AUGGAAUGCGCUGGGAAGAACGUUGAACAAUGUGGAUUGAUAGCUACUGUCGGAGUAUUUAAUUUAUUAACGAUUGUUGAUUUGUUUGUUGUUGUAGUAUGCCCUUACUUGGGUACAAUAACUGUUGGGUUUGACGAUUUACCACCUACAACAUAUACAAGUCUUCCAUCUAAUCUUUAUGAAAAUUUGUUAUGGACAAAUGGUUAUUAUUUGCAGGCUACAGCCGCUUUUUUUGCCCCGACUGGUUAUCCGACACUUCGAACAUCGGGUAAUAACACUGGCUAUUAUGAAGGUAAUCUAAUGUUAACCAUUCAAGCAGUAUCUAAUUGUACAACAUUUACGUUUAAUUCUGUGUUGAUGAUUGCUGGAUGGACACAGACACUGAGUACGUCGAUUGUGGGUUAUUAUAACACUACGCAACUAUAUAAUGAAAAAGAGCGUCCAUUUAGUACGUUGGUCUUGAGUAAGAACAAGAUAGAAUGA